AUGUUGGGGCAAUCCAAAAUGCAGCAACUUCCGCUAGCCUCGGUUGGAUUGGUUUUCAUUUUCCUCGCAGCGUUCCAGAGCAUCACGGAAGCUCAAAAGACGGAUAACAAAAAUGUGUUCAACACUAGCUCGUGUUUGGAGAAGCCUUUUCGAUGUCCUCAUCCCAGGAUCAAGUUCUAUCUUUACACGCGCCGUACUCAACAAACUCCGGAGCUGAUCGAUGUCCUGGAUCCGGAGUCGCUUUACUACACGCACUGGAAUCCUUCACACCCAGUGAAGAUCGUCAUCCAUGGGUUUGGUGGAGGUCGUAAUCUCUCUCCAAGUCCGGAUAUGCGGAAGGCGUACUUCACACGCGGGAACUACAACAUCAUCAUCGUGGACUACGGCUCGGCAGUGACGGAACCGUGUCUCAGCCAGAUAGAAUGGGCUCCUCGCUUUGGGAGCCUUUGUGUGUCGCAGCUGGUGAAGUACAUCGCCAACCAUCCUCGAGGAGUUCGGGCCGAUGAUAUGCACCUGAUUGGGUACAGUGUUGGAGCACACAUUGCCGGUUUGGUAGCGAACUAUCUCACUCCGACUGAAGGAAAACUGGGACGUAUCACCGGACUAGAUCCAACGAUCUUCUUUUACGCGGGAUCAAACAAUUCCCGCGAUCUGGAUCCAUCUGAUGCACACUUCGUGGACAUCAUCCACACAGGAGCCGGUAUUCUGGGACAGUGGAGUCCAGGAGGACAUGCGGACUUUUAUGUUAACGGUGGCACCAGUCAGCCGGGUUGUGCUAGUUCCACCAUCUUUCAAACUCUCGCUUGCGACCAUACAAAGGUAACGCCGUACUUCAUCGAAUCCAUCAACAGUGAGCGAGGAUUCUGGGCCGGUCCGUGUCCAACACUAAUAUCAUACCUCCUCGGGUGGUGCGAACCGAAGGACUCCGAUUACGUCCUCAUGGGAGAACACCUGUCCAGACAAGCCCGUGGAGUGUUCUACGUUACGACAAACGCGAAACCUCCAUACGCCCGAGGCUUUCCAGGCAAAAACCGACGCACCGCAAAAACGUCCGAGUACAGCGGCGUCAGGCGGAAGUAG